UCUCUAGGGAUCAGAUCUCUCACUUUCUCUCUCUACCACGUCUCACACUUGCCCUUCCCCUUGAGACUCUUUCUUUCUUUCUUCUGCUCCCCUCGUGUCCCUCCUCAUUCCCUCCUCCCUUACCCUGCUUAGCCUGCGCACUCCCCCUGCUUAACCUGCGCACCUCCCCGGCCCCCCUCUCUUCCCGCCUCCGCCUCCUCCUCCUCGGAUCUCCGCCGAUCUACACCCACUCCGGGCAGCGAGAAUGGGAAAGGGCGGCGCCAUCAGCGAGAGCGUGCUCAAGAAGAUCCUCCUCUCCUACACCUACGUCGCGAUCUGGAUCUUCCUCUCCUUCACCGUCAUCGUCUACAACAAGUACAUCCUCGACAAGAAGCUCUACAACUGGCCCUUCCCUAUCUCCCUCACCAUGAUCCACAUGUCCUUCUGCGCCACCCUCGCCUUCACCAUCAUCAAGGUCUUCAAGCUCGUCGAGCCCGUCUCCAUGUCCAAGGAGCUCUACCUCUCCUCCGUCGUCCCCAUCGGCGCCCUCUACUCCCUCUCCCUCUGGCUCUCCAACUCCGCCUACAUUUACCUCUCCGUCUCCUUCAUCCAGAUGCUCAAGGCCCUCAUGCCCGUCGCCGUCUACUCCAUCGGCGUCCUCUUCAAGAAGGAGGGCUUCAAGGGCGACACCAUGCUCAACAUGCUCUCGAUCUCCUUCGGCGUUGCCAUCGCCGCAUACGGCGAGGCCAAGUUCGACCCCUGGGGCGUCAUCCUCCAGCUCGGUGCCGUCGCCUUUGAGGCCACCCGUUUGGUAAUGAUCCAAAUCCUGUUGACCUCUAAGGGGAUCCAGCUGAACCCCAUCACUUCCCUCUAUUACGUCGCUCCUUGCUGCCUGGUCUUCCUGUUUAUCCCCUGGAUCUUCGUUGAGUACCCGAUCCUGAGGGACACGUCGAGCUUCCACUUCGAUUUCGUCAUCUUCGGGACCAAUUCAUUAUGUGCAUUCGCUCUGAACCUGGCUGUGUUCUUGCUCGUGGGGAAGACCUCGGCCCUGACUAUGAAUGUGGCCGGGGUCGUGAAGGAUUGGCUGCUGAUCGCGUUCUCGUGGUCAGUCAUUAAGGACACCGUGACCCCCAUUAACUUGUUCGGGUAUGGGCUCGCAUUCUUGGGGGUCGCCUACUACAACCACUCGAAAUUGCAGGCGUUGAAGACGAAGGAGGCUCAGAAGAAGGCUGCCCAGGCCGAUGAGGAGGAAGGGAAGUUGCUGGAGCAGAGGGACGGCGAGGGGAUUGGAGAGAAGAGAGAUCAAGCUUAAAUUUUUGACUCGAGCAUGAAUUUCGGUGAGAAUUCGAUUAAGCUUGAAAGGUUAAGUAGAAGAAUAAAAUUCGAGGCUAAUGAGGAAGAAUGGAAGAGACAAUGGGUUUUGAACCGGGAUCAAAGGGAUUGCGGAGCCUCUCAUUAUUUUCGUUUAGGUCCUUUGGAUGGAUCCGAGUUCGGCUUGUUGGUUUACUACACUAUCUACUACUUCCUAUGCUGGUUAUCGUGUCGUGAUUUUAGUUAAUAUAUAUCAACCAGGGCUUGAGAUUCAUCUUAAGUUGUUUAGGGUUCUGCUAUAUGUAUCUUACUUGAGUUGAUGAAUCUCGAUGUCCCGUAAUUUUAAAAUUUUUGGAUCCUUAUUUAAACUCCAUGGUUGUGUAGGAACACCUUUUAUUGAGGAUGAUUUCAUGAGCUUCACCUAGUGUUUAGUAUCUUAUCGGAAUGCUGCAUAUCUUGUUUA